CAAGAAAGCAAUAAACCUUUCUUCAAAUUAUUCUUCUUCUUUUCUAUUUCCAACAUGGUAUCACAACAGUAAGCUUCUGGUUCUGUUCUCUUAUCAUCGCUGUUUGGUUUUUGAAGUUGGAUUUUUGAUUCCAUUCCAGAUUUGAAACUUUGUUAUUAGGAUCUUUUCUCCUACAUAUUGGAUUGUUUAUCCUUGAUUCUCAGGCCCUUUCUGAGGCAUUUUGUUGGUUUGUUAUUUUGAUCUUGGCAUCUAUUUCUUCAUUUUUUUUAGAGUUUUUCAAUAUUUUGAGUUUUACUGAUUCUAUGGCAAGUUUUGAAAGGACUGUAACUCAUCCUGCUACUACUAUGGUUGCCAAAGAAGUAAUAGACCAACUUAAUGUCAACCUUAAAUCCUUAAAACAGGAUCCACAGACAGGACAACUUCUUGGAACUAGUCACAAGGAUCAGUUCCAAAUGAAUCCUUGCAUUGUGUGUCAUGUCAACUUGCAAAGUAACCAGCUUUAUCUUUUUCAAGUAGUCAUUCUCAUUCUUCUGCUCCUUUUGAUCUUGUGCAUUUUGAUGUUUGGGAUCUGUCUCCUACACCCACCAUGGGGGUUUCUAGGUACAUCUGAUGAGCUCUAUAAUGCCUCACCACAGGCUUUAACUAGUUCUGCAGAAGAUGAUCUGCUUACUAGUAAUGCAUUAGAUAAUUUUGAGCCUUUUUCUACUUCCUCAUCUAUAUCACCUGUUGAUGUUGCAUUUGAUAUUGUUGAGUCUACAAAUGAGCAUGUUGUCCUAUCCUUAAGUCAUCCUACUUGGGCUCUUAAGACCACUCGUACAUGGGAUUUAGUUGAUCUCCUUGUUGAAAAGUCUCUGAUAGGUCGUAAAUGGGUGUAUAAGAUCAAAACACGAUCUGAUGGUUCUGUGGAGCGUUAUAAGGCACGCUUGAUGGAUGUGAAAAAUGCUUUUCUUAAUGGUGAACUAGAAGAAGAAGUUUAUAUGAAACCACCUCUUGGGCUCAACCAUCCUCCAAAUAAGACUGCUCGGGGUAUGGUUUUUUUACUUCUUGAUGUUGACGAUAUGAUUGUUACUGGAGAUGAUGCCACAAGUGUUGAGGAGCUAAAACAAUCUCUUAGUAAAAAUUUUGAAAUGAAAGAUUUUGGUGUUCUGAACUAUUUUCUGAAGCUUGAAGUCACCUUUUCAGAUAAUGGCUGCCUACUCUCUCAAGUAAAAUAUGCCUCCGAUCUUAUUUCUAAAGUUGAACUCAACGAUGGUAAGAGUGUUUCUACACCUCUUGAACCUAAUGUCAAGUUUACACCUAUGGAUGGCUUUCCACUUUCUGAUCCUACUCGUUAUCGGCAAUUGGUUGGUAGUCUAAUUUAUCUUACCACGACACGCUCUACUAUAGCAUAUGCAGUUCACAUUGUUAGUCAAUUUAUGGUUGCUCCUUGCUCCUUGCUCCAUUCAUUAUGCAGCAGUACUUUGCAUUAUUCGCUAUAUUAAGGGAACAUUAUUUCAUGGACUCCAUUUUUCUGCCAACUCCUUCCUUGUGCUUUGUGCUUACUCUAAUGUCGAUUGUGUUGGUGAUCCUUCUGAUUGUAGAGCUAUCACUAGUUACUGCCUUUUCCUUGGUAAUUCUCUUAUCUUUUGGUAGAGUAAGAAACAAACUAUUCCAUC